AUGUACGUGGAACUUCCAUUUGAUGAAAUACAAGUCAACACCACCAAAAGACGAGUCUCAUACUUCUACGACCAAGACGUAGGUAAUUACUUCUAUGGAACCGGUCAUUGUAUGAAACCCCAUCGGAUAAGAAUGACCCACUCCCUAAUCAUGAAUUAUGAACUCUAUAAAAAAAUGGAAAUCUAUCGAGCUCAACCCGCCACCAAUCUUGAAUUGACCCAAUUCCAUACUGACGAAUACAUAGAUUUCAUAGAUCGAGUUACACCCGACAAUCUCCAUUUAUUUGAACGUGAACAGGUGAUCUUCAAUGUGGGUGAUGAUUGUCCUGUUUUUGAUGGAUUAGGAGAAUUUUGUAAAAUAUCAUGUGGGGGGUCAAUGGAAGGGGCGGCGAGAAUAAAUAAUGGUCUGGCUGAUAUUGCCAUUAAUUAUGCUGGUGGAUUACAUCAUGCUAAAAAAUCGGAGGCGAGUGGGUUUUGUUAUUUGAAUGAUAUUGUAUUGGGUAUAAUUGAAUUAUUGAGGGUACAUCCUCGAGUAUUAUAUAUUGAUACUGAUGUUCAUCAUGGGGAUGGAGUAGAAGAGGCAUUUUAUACAAAUGAUAGAGUUAUGACUUGUUCAUUUCAUAAAUUUGGGGAGUUUUUCCCGGGGACGGGGAAUUUAUCAGAUAUUGGAAUUGGAAAGGGGAAAUAUUAUUCGGUUAAUGUUCCACUUAGAGAUGGGAUAGAUGAUGCAUCAUAUAAAUCGAUAUUUGAACCUAUUAUAGCGGCAAUUGUGGAAUGGUAUCAACCUUCUGCAAUAGUAUUACAAUGUGGGGGUGAUUCACUUAGUGGAGAUAGAUUGGGUCCAUUUAAUUUAUCAAUGAGAGGACAUGCUAAUAAUGUCAAUUUUGUAAGAUCAUUAGGAAUACCAUUUAUGGUACUUGGAGGAGGUGGAUAUACUAUUAGAAAUGUUGCCCGUACUUGGGCGUUUGAAACUGGGAUUUGUAAUGGACUUCUUCUACCUAAAGAAUUACCAUAUAAUGGAUAUUAUGAAUAUUUUGCGCCAACUUAUGAAUUAGAUGUUAGAUCAUCAAAUAUGAAUAAUGCAAAUUCAAAAGAAUAUCUAGAUAGAAUUCUUACCCAAAUUAUUUCCAAUUUAGAUCAUACUAAACAUGCCCCCUCGGUUCAAAUGAAUGAAGUUCCUCGAGAUUUGGAAGGAUUAGAUGAAGAUUUGGAUGAAGACAUGAAUGAACUGAUGGAUACAAAAGGUGGGUCACAACGCGCUCGAGAUAAAAGGGUUGAAGUAGAAGGUGAAUUCUAUGAUGAUGACGAAAAGGAUCAAGGUGAGAAGAAUAUUUCUAAUGGGAAUGGAAUUCAAUUGACCAAUCAUGAAUUGACGGAAAUAGCGGAAUUGAACAAUAGGGUUCAAAUUUGA